CCGGAUGCUUAUUAUAGAAAAAUCCACGUUUUCGUAAGUAUUUCCACUUUCAUUACAGGCCGACUUACAAAAACACUGAGUUUCAAACGCACUGAUACGUUGGAUUCACCAUAACUCCCCAUGGCGGCCCUUCUCCGAUCCACUGACCAGAGCCUAAAGGAAUUCGGCAGAAACGUGACCAUCAGUGAGCAUCCCCUGGCGCGCCUCAUGUACUACUUUGACUGCAUAUGCGCUGUCAUGGACGUCGACAAGAUGGAAUAUGAGGGCAUUGACAGCUUAAGGAAAUACCAUGAAUUUGAGACGCUAGAAGAAGAUGACAUUGAUAAUCUUGUGAAACUUUGCUACGAAUUAUCACCAAAGGCGCUGGAAAACGCAAUAUUUCAGGAUGAUGGCAUGUGUGAAGACUCAAAUAACAACUUCUUCGAACUCAAAACUGUUCGGAACAAUUUCCUUGUUUCUGAGAGCGUUUUGAUUGGAGGCAUAGAAAUGGAUGUAAAAAAGGUCAUGACGUACAAAAUCUGCUGGCUCAUGAAAAACUGGGUCAGACCCAUGGACUACUUUGCCGCUAGGUUAAUCCGGAUCAGUUCUGGUCAAACAAGUCUACCGGGAUAUGGCAAUGGAGGUUUUGAAAAACAUGUGGUCCAAGAGGAAUCUUCAGUUCCUGGUAAAAAGCCUUCAAAGAAGAAAGGCAAACUAUUUGGGAGCAUGAAGUGAGGACUUUGAUGCUGUUGUUGUUAUUAAUUAUCUUUUAUGUGACAAUUAAUAACUGUAAACCAUAAAUUUACUUGAUGACAGGAAUAUAUCAUGUAUCUUAUUUAUAUUAUCAACAAGGGGCUAUGCGAAAUGUCAAACUAUA